AAUGAGCAACACACACAAAAAAGGAGAUGAAAAGGAUUGUGACUUUUGCAUCGACCCAUUCGAUUUUCUCUCUCUAGAGAUUGAAAAAGAGCUCUGUUGAUUUAGAGAGAGAGAGAGAGAGAGGAGAUGGAUCACGCGGCGGAUGCUCACCGUACGGAUUUGAUGACCAUAACGAGGUUCGUGUUGAACGAGCAGUCAAAGUAUCCGGAGUCUCGUGGGGAUUUCACGAUCUUGCUCAGUCACAUCGUUUUGGGCUGCAAAUUCGUUUGCAGUGCUGUGAAUAAGGCAGGUCUUGCAAAGCUCAUUGGACUUGCAGGGGAGACCAACAUUCAGGGUGAAGAGCAAAAGAAGCUGGAUGUGCUGUCCAACGACGUCUUUAUCAAGGCUUUGGUUAGCAGCGGAAGAACAUCGAUCCUUGUCUCAGAAGAAGAUGAGGAAGCAACUUUUGUGGAAUCACCUAAGCGGGGAAAGUACUGUGUUGUUUUUGAUCCGCUUGAUGGAUCCUCAAACAUAGACUGUGGUGUUUCCAUUGGAACGAUUUUCGGGAUUUACACAGUGAAGCACAGCAAUGAACCAACCAUCGAUGAUGUCCUGAAACCGGGAAGUGAGAUGGUGGCAGCUGGGUAUUGCAUGUACGGAAGCUCUUGCAUGCUUGUGCUGAGCACUGGAACCGGAGUCAAUGGAUUCACCCUUGACCCGUCUCUUGGAGAGUUCAUACUAACUCAUCCUGAUAUAAAGAUUCCGAAGAAAGGAAAGAUCUAUUCUGUGAACGAAGGAAAUGCUAAGAACUGGGAUGGUGCAAUUACCAAGUACGUGGAGAAGUGUAAGUUUCCCAAAGAUGGUUCGUCCCCGAAGUCUCUGAGAUACGUCGGAAGUAUGGUGGCUGAUGUCCAUCGCACGCUGCUCUAUGGAGGUAUCUUUUUGUACCCUGCCGACAAGAAAAGCCCCAACGGUAAAUUGCGUGUCCUCUACGAAGUCUUCCCGAUGUCAUUCUUGAUGGAACAAGCCGGAGGUCAGGCCUUCACGGGCAAGGGACGGGCGUUGGAUCUCGUCCCGAAGGAGAUCCACCAGCGGUCACCGAUAUUUCUGGGAAGCUACGACGACGUAGAAGAGAUCAAGACUCUCUAUGCUUCAGAGAGCUCAUGAAGGCAUAAAGCUCCUUCCUUAGUCUCUGUUUCUGUCUUCAUGGCUUUUGCUCUGCCAUGAGAUGAUGUUAUUACAUCAUCUUCACUAUUCUAUUGACAUUUGCCUUAAAGGCUUUUACCGAAGAAUUUCCGCAUUUAAGGAGUUUGUGGGUUUACUCUUUCAUGAA